AUGGUGGUCUUCGACAUCACAGAUCUCUUCCUGCCUGUGACGCAGACAUUGACUCAUCUUGCUUGUGGCAAGUCUGGCUGCAUUUCUUCCACUGCAAAGCAUGAUGGGUUGGCUGGACCCUGCUGCCGCUGCAGUGGUGUGGCUAUGCCAAGCAUCCUAGUGAGACUGAACCUUCCUGGUUUUGCCUCUCCAGAGCCAUUCCGUCUGGCCAAUGCGCCGGCAUCGAUAUCUGGCCUAGCCUGCGCUGUUCUGCAAGAAAUCGGAGGUUUCAACAAGGAAGAGUUAGAAGCUGUACAACAUCAUCUUGACCAAGUCCCACUCAAACUUCUUGGAGAGUUGUGCGAGGACAAGUUGAUUGAACUGGCUUCGGAUGCUGAGCUGGCAGUCUUUUUGGACACCGCAGAAUCGCCCAAGAAUCCUGCCAUUAUUGAGGUGCGGCCCAGGGACGGUCCUGCUCUGCCGGAGGUGAUCGCAGGACAGCGAACAACCCAAGCAGGAUGGCAGACGGCAAACCUGGAGUCACCAGUCCGCGGAACAGUUGCAGGCUUUGAUGCCUCCCCGGAGACCGCUGUGCAGGAGAUGGCACGCACGGCAGCUGACUGCCCUGAUCAAAGGUCAUCGCGACUGAAGAAUGGUUGGCACGACUCUGCAAGACCAUCCGAGUGGUCUGAACGAGAGCUGAAGGAGCAAUUGGACCUGCAGAGGGAAUUGGAAGAGAAGGAGAAGCAACUGCAGUGGCAACAGCAACAGCUGCAGAAACAAUUUGACAGCACUUCCGGCCAACAAGCUCGCGAUGACGAACGGCGCAGUGAGCCUGGUCUUCAAAGAGGAUUGUUGCCAGCGUCGAGCAGUUGGAACUUGCCCGAGAACAACACGUCACAGGGGGCACAGAAGAGUCCCGACCUUUUUCGUGUCCUGUUUGCCAUGGUCGCCUCUAGCCGAAGGGCUUGGGCGGCGGCAUGGAUUCUUUUGCUGGCCAGGGGCAGGAUCGCCUGGAGCGCCCCUCUCAUCAUUGACACAGACAUGAAUCAAGACGACAUGGCGGCUCUUGUCUAUUUGAUCCGAAGUGGCGCGGACAUCAAAGGUAUUACCGUCAGUGCCAACGGCUUUUCUGCACAGUCGGCUGGAGUGGACAAUGCCUUGCGGUUGCUCCACAAGCUGAAUCGCAGCGACAUUCCUGUAGCAUUUCAAGAAGGCUAUUUGGGUUCAACGCUUUUGAACUUGGAUUAUCCAAACGGAAUGCCUCCACAGAUCUGGACAGAAGCAUCUAAUCACUAUCUCAAGAGAUGGAUCGCCACGGAGCCCAGUCCAAAGCCGGCAGCCUGGCAGACUGCACCGCAAUUGAUUCUUCAGAUCUUGGACCGCGCGCCGAACAACAGCGUGAACGUUUUAGAGUUGGGUCCAUACACGAACCUUGCAGCCGCGUUGCACAGAAGCGGGGGCGCCGAACUGUUUCGAUCAAAGGUGAAAUGCUUGUAUGUGCAAGGCGGCAAAGUGCAAGGAGGUCAUGCUGUAGAGCAUUCAGGUGCUGCACUGCGGGGUUCCGGGACGUCCGGGGCUGGUUUGGCCACUGGCUUUCCUUGGAGCACCGACAAGAAGCCAAAGAAUGCUUCUUGGAACAUCUUUCUGGAUGCUAUUUCUGCAGCACAGGUAUGGGCAUUCGGUCUGGAGACUGUUCUAGUGCCCGACAGCGCAUUCGAACAUCUGCAGGUCGAGCCAAGUGACCCAAACAUGUUCGUACCACAGAAUUGCAGCAACAAGUUGCUGAGUGACAUGGUGAUAUACUGGGCGCCGUCACAAAACCAAACAUGGUCAGGCUUGAGAUACUGGGAUCAGGCGACGGCGGUUGUCGUAAUGCAGCGACUUCUGGAUAAGGAGUCUGUCUGUCAGAAGUGGAUGAAAUCUGGCAUCAUGGUCAGCCUGCAGAACGAUGCCAGCUAUGCGACAUACCUUCAAGGAAGCGCUGGCGCAAGAAGUGAGGUCUGUCUAGCAACAUCGAGGACUGCUUUUCUCGAAGACUUCUACAGCGCAGAUAACCGUGAUCCCGCCACAGCGGCGGCGAGACGUACCUUGCAGCACUCUCCAUCUGCUCCUGAGUUCGCCAGUGCAGGGCAGGAGAAGACAGGUCCCAGCUCUUCCAGAAGCUCUGGGCUGCACGGGAGGACAACUUCCAGGCAGCAGCGCUCCGUCACGCCGGAUGCUCCAAGAAGACACCCUGUCAGAGCUGCAGCUGAACACGAGGUUUCGGCAUCGUUGCGAGUUCCAAGUUGUGGGAAGCAUGUGCCAAAGCUCGAGCGGGAGGCGCCUGUGCACAUUCGUCUCUACCAGGAGAAGGAUGAUCGACGAAGACGCCUAGAACAGGCCUUUGAUGUCAUCCAGCUUACGGAAGGACACGUUCAACCGUCGUAA